UUUACCACCUAAGAAUCUGACUAGUGUCGCCGCAAAACCCAUUGAGACCUUGAAACCCUUUCUCGACUCCUCCUUUCAGCUAAACCAAUGGGAGCAAUUGAUCUUUCUUUCUCACAGAGUAUCCUCUUCUCUCCGUCGCGUUCCAAUCCUCCCUCCUCCACUCACCGUUCCGUCUCUUUUUUCCAGCCGGGAAGCAAGUCACGGUGCCUGCCGCCGUUGCGUUCAAUGAGCCACGAUGACGACGCGGCCUCGAAGGAGGCGAAGCUGUGGGGCGGGAGGUUCGAGGAGAGUGUCACAGAGAAGGUGGAGAAGUUCACUGAGUCAAUUUCCUUUGACAAGGUUCUCUACAAACACGACAUUAUGGGAAGCAAAGCUCAUGCUACAAUGCUCGCUCACCAGGGGCUUAUAACUGACAGCGACAAAGAUAGCAUUUUGAGAGGACUUGAUGAUAUCGAGAGACAGAUCGAAGCAGAUGAAUUUGAAUGGAGGACUGAUCGGGAGGAUGUUCAUAUGAACAUUGAAGCAGCUCUUACUGAUCUGAUCGGUGAACCUGCAAAAAAACUUCACACAGCACGAAGCAGAAAUGACCAGGUUGCUACUGAUUUCAGGCUUUGGUGUCGUGAUGCGAUUGACACAAUUAUUGUCAAAAUCAAGCACCUUCAGACAUCCCUAGUUCAACUAGCUUUGAAGAAUGAGGCUUUGAUUGUUCCUGGUUACACUCAUCUUCAGAGGGCUCAGCCUGUUUUACUCCCUCAUGUCCUCUUAACUUAUGUAGAACAGCUGGAACGUGAUGCUGGUCGUUAUAUUGAUUGUCGAAAGAGGCUGAAUUUCUGUCCCCUAGGAGCUUGUGCGUUAGCUGGAACUGGUCUACCUAUUGAUCGAUUUAUGACUGCAAAUGCUCUUGGAUUUUCCGAACCAAUGAGAAACAGCAUCGACGCAGUUUCAGACCGAGAUUUUGUGUUGGAGUUUUUAUUUGCAAAUUCCAACACAGCCAUUCAUCUGUCACGGCUUGGAGAAGAAUGGGUACUAUGGGCGUCUGAGGAGUUUGGUUUCAUGACUCCAAGCGAUUCCGUCUCAACGGGAAGCAGUAUAAUGCCACAGAAGAAGAAUCCUGACCCAAUGGAGCUUGUCAGAGGAAAAUCUGCCCGAGUCAUAGGCGACCUGGUAACUGUCCUAACACUGUGCAAGGGACUUCCCCUUGCUUACAACCGAGAUUUUCAAGAAGAUAAAGAACCCAUGUUCGAUAGUACCAAGGCAAUCAUGGGAAUGAUCGAUGUUUCUGCGGAGUUUGCACAGAAUGUCACUUUCAACCAAGACAGAAUUAAGAAAAGCCUUCCUGCUGGACAUCUCGAUGCUACUACUCUUGCUGAUUACCUUGUGCAGAAGGGGAUGCCUUUUAGAUCAUCUCAUGACAUAGUUGGGAAACUAGUCGGAGUUUGUGUCUCAAGAGGCUGUGAACUUCAGAACUUGAGUCUUGAAGAGAUGAAAAAGCUGAGCCCUGUGUUUGAAGAAGAUGUGUUUGGGUUUUUGGGCGUCGAUAAUUCAGUCAAUAAGUUCAGUUCGUACGGCUCAACUGGAUCGAACUGUGUAGCUGAGCAACUCGGCUACUGGGUCAACAAGCUGAACAUUACUACCACCUGAGUUGGACCAAACCAUCAGGCGAAUUGUUGCAGCGGUUUGAGGAAGAAAAAUGCAUUGGGGUUCCUUCUCUAGCCAAAAGUCCCCCAAAAAAACUAAAAAUAAAGCUUUGUUGAAGUUUACGUAGUAUUUGAAAGUGAGAUAUUGUUAAAAUUCUUACUAUUUUUUAUCAUUUUGAGUACACUGUACGAUAUCAA